CCAUGCUCUAAUUUCCUACCAUACCCCCAGAUCACCCUUUACACUGACCAAAAAGCCAGCCUCGGGCUAUGCGGCAUCUGCCAGGCCACCCAGCUCGAACUCCGCCAUGAGGACGACAGCCUCUCAGGGGCAGCACUGACGAUCCUUCCUUGUGGCCAUGUGGCCUGCCAGAAGUGCAUGGAUAAAUGUCUCAAGCGCAAACCAGAGUGUCCCUUCUGCCGGCUCCCGCUCGGCUACGAACUCUGCUCGCAUUCCCUGAAGGGCCGUGUGAUCACCAGGGAGAAUCUUCUUUCUCUGCCCGAGACCAUCCCCAUGGGUGGCAUAAUUCCGGACCAGUGUGCCAAGUGC